AGCUGGGUUACUGACGUGUGACUUUCUAGAGGAAAAACUACUGUUCACAGAUACCGAAAACAGGUCGUUCAUAAUCUUCGCUUAGUCACGCGGCGGAGGCCAUGAUGAAGAAGACCAAGAGUCACAGCGGGCACCCCCAGUAUGGCUGCUAUAGUGAAGACACCUUAUAAUAAUUUGUUAGUGACUCUUUAGAUCGUCAUUGUGGCAACAUGAGUGUUUUGUUGUCAGCCCAGCCGGUGCCGGCUGCUUUCCCUGUGAGUGUGCGCCGCUGCUCAUAGGCGGCACAUGUACUAAGAUCUGCAUAACAUACACAAUAAAUAAGACCAGGCUAAUGACCAGUGAUACCUAGUAAUGUUUAUAGCCUCGUUAUUCUGUAAUGCCUACAGUAGUGAAUGGUACGUGCUGAGUAGGAGGAGAGUGAGCUCUGGGGGCCGUUCUCCCAGCCCGGGCUUCCUGUUGUGUUGUGUGUGGCGCUGCGGGUGCCGGCAGAUAGUGUAUGAACAUACAUAAUACACAGCAGCACGUUGCUGGUGGGAGGGCAAGUACAUAUUGGCUAGCAAUGCACGGCACAGAUAGGAAGGCUGCAGAGCAGCUGCUGGGGAUACUGCAGUGCCUGUACCACAAGGUGUUAGGGAUCAUGGACUAUGUGGAAGUGCUGCAGGCAGGCAGCCAGGAGAGGACCAUUGCUGUCUCUCAGGAGGGAGACACUGAGAGGUAUCGAGCCUUUCUGUCUGAGCUGCUAGUGUGCAUUCCCCAGGGGGCAAAGAAGCUCUGCUCCCCGAUCUCAUUCCUGCAGGUGUCAACUCAAAGAGAAGUUGUAGCUCGAGUAAUCCAACGGAUUUGUGAAAAGAAGAAAAGUAAUGUUUUAGCAUUUGGUUAUGGUCUGGUUGAUGAAAAGAGUUCAUUACGUGUUAUGUUUGCUUCAAAUGUUUGUAAUUAUUUACCUAAUCCAACAACCACAACAGUUAGUACCAGUAUCCUUUGGCAAACCCUCCUCAGUAGGGUGGGGGAUGAUGUAAUGAUGCAUCUGCUAGAACAUUGUUCACUUUAUAUGAUUGUGCCACCCAACUGUUGCUAUCAAAUUAGUGGCCAGCCGGUGUACAAUUUAUCCAACAAGGAAACACUUCCACCUGCCUGGCUUAAACAAAGUAGCUUGAUGAAUAAAAGGAAUGUUUUAUGUCAGUUUGUUCAAAAAGGACACUCUCAUAAAAUCUGCUCUAUGAAAAUAAACAGGUGGAGGAAAACAAAAUGUAGAGGAUUAAAAGUAAAAGUGCAAACUGCGGUGAUGGCUGAAAUGGAAACUGAAAAUCCCAAGAGUCCACUAUUAAACCAUUUGAAUACGGUUUUGGAGAUUACCACAAAAUCCAAGAAUAAGAAAAGGCCACCUGAUAUUGAUAUGUGUGAUCCACCAGCUAAGAAAAGCAAAAUAGUGCUGCAAGAGCCUCAGUCCAGCUUUGCUUCUGACAGGCAAAUAGAUAACCCCACUACUACUCAUACAUGCUUAAAGAUGCAGGACGUUUCCUCGACAACAGAAUCGGGUUCCAAAAAACAAAAUAUCUUUGACAGUUUAAGCUCUAAAACUCUUUUUGUAAAACCUUGUGCCUCUGUUAAACAUUGUGCUGAUCAUACACAAAUUGGACGCCCUUCAGUGAAGAAAAAUACUGCUGAUAAAUACAUUGUAAGUGAUUUUGUUGUGCCUCAAAAUGAUGCAACCUCCUACAGUUCUGUGUCCUCAACACCAGACAAACAGUUGCCUUCAAAGACUUUUAUUGAUUUUGGUAAAAUUUUGUACACCGGUCAGAUUUAUAGAGAAGCAUUUUUGAAAAACUUUCUACUAAAUAGUUUAGAGAUUAACUCUCAUGGCAGCCUGAGUCUUAUCAAAACCAUAUUCAUGAGCAAUAAUCUAUUUGACCAAAGCGUUGAGACACAAUGUCCCUUUGAAAGCCGAGGUAAUAAAAAACUUCCUAAGCGUUACUUGCAAAUGAGACACGUGUUUCAAGAAUUACUACAAAACCACAAAAAAUGUCCGUACUCUGAACUUGUAAAAAAACAUUGUCCUGUUAAACACAAUGGGAGGAAUGGAAACAUUAAAGAAAAGUUUAACAAAGAUAAAUAUCAAGUACUUGAGCUACAAAAGGAAAGUCAUGAUUCAAACAUCCUAACAUUGUCUGGUGCAUGUGAUAAUAGUGACACCAUAAUAAGGAACUCUCCUAUUAGUAACACUGUUAUUCACUCAUUGCCAAAUGUAGUAAAUAGGACAUGUGAAGAAAAUAUUGGACAUGAAAAACAGAAUACUAAGCUUAGAGAUGAAGUAAAUGUUUUGGCUCUUCUUAAGCACCAUAAUAGUGCCUGGCAGGUCUAUAUGUUUGUCAGAGAAUGUCUACAUAGACUGGUCCCUGAAAUGUUGUGGGGUUCCAGUCACAACAAGUGUCGCUUCUUAAAAAAUGUGAAAAUGAUGAUUCAUUCAGCCAAGUUUGAGAAGAUUUCUUUGGGUGAACUAAUGUGGAAAAUGAGAGUGGAAGACUGCUCUUGGUUACGACUAAAAAAAAGAAAUUUCUCUGUUCCUGCAUCCGAGCACUUGCUGCGAGAGAGAAUUCUUUCCAAAUUCUUGUACUGGCUUCUGUACUCUUACGUGACACAGUUGCUGAGAGCAUUCUUUUAUGUCACUGAGACCAUGUUUCAGAAAAACAGGCUUUUCUUUUACCGAAAAUGCAUCUGGAGGAAACUUCAAAACUUUGGAAUACAGAAACACCUGACAAAUGUUAAGCUACGUUUAAUGUCAAAUGAUGAGGUAGACCGUUUCCAACAACAGAAAAAUGCUCCUCUGGUGUCAGCCUUACGGUUCAUACCGAAAACAAAUGGAUUGCGUCCCAUAGCGAAAAUAUGUUUUACUCUGGGUGUGCAACAACGCAAAGAAAUCAGACAGAGAAAGAUGUGGCAUUUCAAUGCUCAAGUCAGGAACCUCUUUGCUGUUCUGAACUAUGAGCGAUUUAAGACAUCUGACAUUAUAGGUUCCUCUGUAUUUGGUUUGGAUGACAUCUACAGAAAAUGGAAGAAAUUUGUUAUGGAGUUUCAAGAAUCCAACGCAACAAGUGUUCCGUUUUAUUUUGUAAAGACUGAUGUGAAGAGGGCAUUUGAUACCAUUCCCCAUGCAAAGCUUAAGGAGGUGAUCUCAAAAGUAAUAAAUCCAGACAUUGAAGAAGUUUAUUGUAUACGCCGCUACGCCAUGCUGUGGACGGACUCAAAUGGCUGGAUUAGAAAAUCUUUCAAGCGACAUGUUUCCAGUUUGGUUGAUUUUAUGCCUAAUAUGAAAAGUUUUUUAACAAAUCACCAAGAUCACAACAUGAUGCAGAAUACCAUCUUUGUGGAACAGAGCCUAUCUUUGAACGAGAGCUCAAGGAAACUGCUAAACUUUUCCCACCAAAUAAUAUGUGACCAUAUCCUGAGAAUAAAGGACAAAUAUUUUAUGCAGUGUUGUGGAAUACCCCAGGGAUCCGUGUUGUCUGCAUUGCUUUGCAGCUUAUGUUAUGGUGAUCUGGAAAAUAAAGUGUUUGAUGGAAUACAAAAGGAUGGAGUCUUCAUGAGACUCAUUGAUGACUUCUUGUUGGUUACACCUCACCUAGAACAAGCAAAAAUAUUUUUGCGAACUCUAGCAGAAGGAAUUCCUGAAUAUGGCUGCAGGAUAAGCCCUGAUAAAACAGUGGUAAAUUUUCCCAUCGAUGACAUCCCAGAGUGCUUCGGAGCAGAGCAGUUACCAGCUCACUGUCUUUUCCCGUGGUGCGGUCUUUUACUUGAUACACAAACUUUGGAGGUUUUCGCUGACUACUCUAGCUACUCAUGCACUUCCAUUCGGUCUAGUCUGACAUUUUGUCACAGUGCUGCAGCUGGGAAAAAUUUGAGAGAUAAAUUAUUGAGAGUUCUCCGGCUUAAGUGUCACAGUCUCUUUCUUGACCUUGAGAUAAACAGUCUGCGAACUGUGUACAUCAAUGUUUACAAGAUUUUUCUACUUCAGGCAUACAGGUUCCAUGCAUGUGUGCUACAACUUCCCUUUAAUCAAAGCGUGAGGAAAAAUCCAUCUUUCUUCCUUACUGUGAUUUCUGAUAUGGCACCAUGUUUCUACACUAUUCUAAAAGCUAAAAACAAAGAUAUGAUCCUUGGCACCAAAGAUGGAUCUGGGCCAUUUCCUUUUGAAGCAGCACAGUGGCUCAGCUGCCACGCGUUUAUUGCAAAGCUGUCUAAUCACAAGGCAUUGUACAAGACCUUGCUAGGACCUCUUCACCAUUGCAAAAUACAACUCUCUAGAAGCCUGCCAGAAGACACCAUUACCCUGCUAAAAGCAGUAGCAGAUGCAUCUCUUCAUAAAGACUUUUCAACAAUAAUGGACUAAUAUGGAUUUGCAUACAGUAAUUCUAUAGAUAUGGAAAUUUGAGCAAGAAUAACAGAUUUUGAGGUAUAAUUUUUGCAUUUACAGUAUAAAUUUUAAUAAUUAAUAUGCAGUCAUCGGUCACCUAUUAUAGACAACAGAAGUCCUUACAAAACCAGAUGACCAGUCCUUCUUGGCAACUAACACUACACUUGCUGCCCAGGGACUCUUAAGGCACAAUUACUUCUAAUACCAACAUCUCAUACACCCCUCCUUGUACUCCUACUUGAUCAUCAUGCAGAAAGGGCAGAGCCUGCAUUGACAAGAAAUCUAGAGCACCUCUAGCUGCUGAGUGUAGAGGUUGGUAUAUAAAGGCCACCUUAAUUAACAUGAGGUAGGCUAAUUACCACUUUUGGAAUAAACAUAAUUUCAUUGCUAGUUAGAGACAUUGCCAGUAGAUUGGUAUUUUCUACCACAUCUGGUGGUCCUGCCCUGUUAUUCAGCAAUUCUGGACUGUUACCUGGUCUCUGUUCACAUCUAUGGUAGUCAAUCCCGGCCUAAAAUUGGCCAGGAUUGAGUCCCGGGAUUGGAGUUUCCAAUCCCGGGGAUUUCGGGAUUGGGCGCCACCUUACUUUUUUUUAAUGCUGCGUAGAGUGUCCUCAGGAGGCUCAGACGCUGCCUGGCUCCCCCUGCUCCCGGCUGUGCACACUGCACAGUGUGACGUGAAGUCAGAGGUCACACUGUGCAGCCAGCUGCCCGCCAGGCCUGACCGCCUGCACUGCCCCGCAUCUCACCUCCGCUCAGUAAGAUUAAGGUCAGUUAUGUGGGUUGGGCAGGACCAGGGGACACACACACAUUGAAAAGAAACCAAUCCCGGGAAUCCCAGGAUUGAUCAUUUUUCAAUCCCGAUACCUGGGAUUGAAAAAAUGGCUCGGGAUUGGCCACCCAACUCACAUCUGUAACAGAAUUGUCACAAUCCCAUGAACCCGGCAGUGGCUCUCCUCAGCUGCCCGGUCCAGCACAUAUCUAAAUCCUGUGACAGGCUGUUGAUGCAUAUCUGCAAUGCUGCAAAAACAUUAAUAGCGAGAAAUUGGAAAAGUUCUGCUCCUCCAACCAGAAUUGCUCUGAUUCAUCGGUUGGGGUUUGUUGCUUCCAUGGAAUAUAUUACUAUUAUUCAGAAUGGUACAGUGCUCAAAUUUCAUAAGGCCUGGGGGCCUUGGUUUCAGUAUAUGAACUCCCACUUCCAGGCGCACAUAAACUGCCCACUAAUCUCUAAUGUAAUUGGUGCUUGGUCUGUCCUGACUGCUCAUAUCCUUUCUCCCUCACUGAUCAUUUUGGGUAGAAUUUUGUUUUCUUAUUGUUCGCUUGGUAUUGUGGUCCUACGUUCUUUAAAGUCCUUUUACUACCAUCAUUUUUAUUAUGCCGUUUCCUUUUAAAACUGUAAAACCCAACAACACAUUUAUGUCAAGUAUCUUGUGUUCUAUUGUUUUAAAUUUUGGUACUCUUUUUUUUAUCUCAUGUAACCGUAAGUAUUUAUACUACCUUGUUCUAUGCUUGUGCAUAUAAAUCCUGUGUCACUCUUUGUACCUCAUGGUUUAAUCUGUUGUACAAAUAAACUUAAUCAUUUAAUUGCA